AUGGGUGAAAAUAUAGUUAGUGAUACCUCAGGAACUUUACAAGUGGAUCCACCUCAAGAGGGCAAUAACAUACAUGACGAAGACUUCCGUUUGCAUUCAUUGGAAUUACCAGAAAAUCAAAUAAAUGAUUCAACGUCUCUAAUAAAUGUAGGAUUUAGACAUAUAUCUUACAGUGUUUAUGAUGGAAUAUUGUUUGGAAGAACGAAAAGAAAAUUGCUGGAUGAUAUUACAGGCAAUUUUCCGGGAGGGCAAUUAACGGCUAUAAUGGGGCCUUCUGGUGCUGGAAAAACAGUUCUAAUGAAUAUCUUAACAGGAUAUGCGACCACGGGCAUACUGGGUGAAGUUCUAGUUAAUGAUGAACAAAGAAACAAUGUUUCUUUUAGGAAACAGUCGUGUUAUAUAAUGCAAAAUGAUGAUCUCCAACCUUUACUAACGGUGUUAGAAUCCAUGAGAGUGGCUGCUGAUUUAAUGCUUUCUACCUCUAAGACUGACAAAGAUAAUAAGAUAAAAUCAAUUUUGGAAUCUGUCCGCCUCUGGAAUAUGAAACAUACUAGAACAGACGCACUAUCUGGAGGACAGAAGAAACGUCUUUCUGUAGCAUUAGAGCUGCUUAGAGAUCCACAAGUUAUGUUUUUUGAUGAACCUACUAGUGGAUUGGAUAGUUUGAAUUCAAUUCGUCUGGUUAAGUUGCUAAAAGAAAUGUCUAAAAGUGGAAAAACUAUUAUUUGUACAAUUCACCAACCUAGUGCUACAAUAUUUAACAUGUUCGAUCACCUGUAUGUUGUAUCAAGUGGUAAAUGUAUUUACCAAGGAUCACCGGAUAAUCUCUUACCAUAUUUUGAAGAUUUCAACUUGAUUUGCCCUACUCAACACAAUCCGGCAGACUUCUUAUUGGAAGUAGCUUCAGGAGAUUAUGGGGAUUUUACAAAUGCUCUCUCAACUAAGUCGAAUAAUGGAAUCAAUGAAAGUUACGUAAAAUUAAGUGCUAGUACAAUGAAACUAAAUUCAGUAAAAGAACCAAAUAUUGGAGACAAUUUUCUUCCUGCAAUAAAAAGAACAAUUGUAAAUGAAUUCGAAUAUACUUGGGAUGAAUGCGGCUUAAACUCUUAUCCAACUUCAACAAUAAAUCAGUUUCUGGUGCUGACAAAGAGAUCCUUUCUAAUGCUCUCUAGAGAUAGAACUUUGACAUACUUCAGACUGGGAACUCAUUCUGCAAUAGCACUAUUUUUAGGAACUUUGUACUUCGGCGUUGGACUGGAUGCUGCUAAUAUAAAUGACAAUUUUAGUUUUAUGUUUUUUACAGUUAUGUUUCUUAUGAUGACAGCGUUUAACUGCGUAGUUACUACAUUUCCUUCAGAAUUACCUAUAAUAAUUAAGGAACACUUUAAUAAAUGGUAUGCCAUACGAUCGUAUUAUGCGGCAGUAUCUAUUUCAGAUAUAACUAUCCAAAUUUUGGCUACCGUUUUGUAUGCCACAAUAACCUAUGUAUGUACACAACAACCUAUGGAAUGGAGUAGAAUAUCUUCGUUUUUGUUUAUCUGCAUUUUGGUCUCGGUUAUUUCCCAAAGUUGGGCGUUGGUAGUGGGCUCCUGUUUAAGUGUAACGAAUGGCGUAGUUAUAGGUCCCUUCUUUCUUCUACCAUUCAUCAUGUUUUCCGGAUACUUUGUUCAACUUCGUGACUGUCCUCACCACCUUAAAUGGAUGUUUGAUAUUUCCUUUCCCAGAUACGCUCUUGAAGGAUUGGUACUAACGAUAUUCGGCUAUAACAGAGGAAAACUACCCUGUGAGUCCAAGGAUUUCUGCCUCUAUGUAUAUCCUGAACAGUUUAUUAAGGACAAGGAUAUGGAAAAUGCAAGCUAUACAAUAGGAAUAAUGUGCUUAAUGGGUUUAAUUGUUGGCAUGAGACUUGCAGGAGGUGCUGCUUUGAGUAUAAGGCUGAGAUAUGACAGACAAAGAAGAUAG